GCAGCUCCUCCUGUGACUAAUGCCUGUCAUAUGACUGUGACACCCAUGGAGACAGUUACAAGGAACAAGAUUUGCUCCUGGAUUUGGAAAGGAAAAUAAACCUGUACCGAAUUUACUUUGGUACAAAAUGCCUCCUACUCUCUUGCAGAAACUUUUUAACAAGAAAAAUGCGCUUUCGUCGCCGCCCCCGAGAUGUAGCAAAGAGGAUCCAGCUUUCAGCUGGCCACUUCCCCAGCUGGAUCCCAGUCAGAUCAGGUUGAUAGUGUACCAGGACUGUGAGAGGCGUGGCAGAAAUGUCCUCUUCGACUCCAAUACCAAGAAAAGGGGCACAGAGGAAACCCCCAUUACUAGCACGGAUGGUCAGGUGAAAAUGUUUGGGAAAUGCUGUCAGCUCCGUUCUACAGGAGGCAGCAGCAGUUCCCUUGACAGUUCCUCUUCUUGCACCUCUGAAACCAGAGAAACCAAGGACCAUGGCCUCCGCUUUCAGGGUUCAAGGUGUUCAUCUGAUGUGGCGAUGCUAGGGGAGAUGAUGUUUGGCUCUGUGGCCAUGAGCUACAAAGGCUCGACACUCAAAAUCCACCAAAUCAGAUCGCCACCUCAGUUAAUGCUGAGUAAGGUCUUCACCGCCAGGACAGGAGGCAGUGUGUACGGCAGCCUCAACACAUUGCAAGACAGCCUGGAGUUCAUUGGACACGACUGCAACACUUCAAGACCAGAUCAAAACACAGGACCCAACAGUCUACUAGGGAACAUAGGAUUUUCUCAGCUCUGCAGCCCUCGACGGGCCUUCUCUGAACAGGGCCCAUUGCGCCUCAUCAAGAGCGCAUCUUUCUUUUCAGGCCACAGUCACCCCAUGGACAUGCCUGGCCGAGGUCUGUACGACGAGAGGGACAGUGGCAUCGCCAGGUCAGCCUCUCUGAGCAGCCUGUUGAUCACCCCCUUCCCAUCCCCUGGCUCCUCCUUGACCAGUAGCUGUGCCUCCAGCUACCAGCGCCGAUGGCUCCGCAGUCAAACCACUAGUCUGGAGAACGGUGUCUUCCCUCGAUGGUCGGUAGAGGAGAGCUUCAACAUGUCUGAUGAAAGCGGGGGUCCCAGCCUUGGCGUUGCCCGGAAGAAGAAGAUCGCCAUUGGAGUCAUUUUUACCUUGUCCUCCAACCUCGAGGAGAACAGCCGCUUCCAAGAUUUCUUCUUCUCACACUUCCCCCUCUUUGAAAGUCAUAUGAACAAACUUAAGAGUGCCACUGAGCAGGCUAUGAAGAUGAGUCGACGGUCAGCUGAUGCCAGCCAGAGAGCUUUGGCUUACAGCCGAAUGGUGGAUGGGCUCAACGAAUUCAGGAUGACCAUCUGCGACCUCUACACAAUGCCCCGCGUGGCCGAGCCCGUCUGGUUGACUAUGAUGUCUGGAGCAUCGGAGAAAAACCAGCUCUGCGGACAUUUCAUGAGGGAGCUUUCCCUACUGAUGGAGCAGGCCUCCAAGAACCAAUUCCUCCCUGCACUAUUGACAGCCAUCCUGACCAAUCAUCUGGCCUGGGUACCUACCGUCAUGCCCAAUGGGCAGCCUCCAAUUAAGAUCUUCCUUGAGAAACACUCCUCUCAGAGCGUUGACAUGCUGGCAAAGUCACAUCCCUACAACCCCCUCUGGGCACAGCUUGGGGACCUUUACGGUGCCAUUGGGUCACCAGUGCGGCUGUCGAGGACGGUGGUGGUUGGCCGCAGACAGGAGCUAGUCCAGAGACUCCUCUAUGUCCUCACCUACUUCAUUCGCUGCUCAGAGCUGAUGGAGACUCACAUGCUGGACAGCGCUGAGGACGAGGCCAUUGUAAUGCCCGGUUCCCUCAUCACCACCUCCCUCAGGAAGGGGGAGGUAGAGGAGUCGGACUAUGUCGUAGUUACUGUCCAUAAACCCAGCGGAGACUACUUGUCCCAAGGUGCCCACAGCCUGCAGACCGAGGCUGAAGACAGCAGCUACCCUUCAGACAACAGCCUCCAGAGCAGCACGUACACAGACGCUGAAGUCGAGCACAGCUCGGUUGAACCACCUAAAGAGGAAGACGAGGAUGAAGAAGAUGAGGAGGACAGCAGUGAGAGUCAAGGGUCUAGAAGCAGUGUGCUUCAGUCAAGACCCAACGUGUGCACAAUUCCUGUUAUCAGGACUGCAGAAGUAUCUGAAGCCAGGGAGCUGUGCAGGGAGUCUAGCAGCACUCUGGUCACUGAGGUUCGACUGGAGACGGUGCUGAGUGUUGGCUCAGCCUCACCAAGACAGCAGGUCUGUGUGCUGGAUACAGAGACCAAAUCCAUACCCACAACCUUUGCCUCAAGCCUAUCUCUAGCUCCUGUCGUCACAGACAGUAAAAAUACUAGUGUUGAGGCCGGGGUGGAUGCUGCAGUAGGAAGCCAGCCCAGUAAAGUGUUGGUCAAUCGGCCUUUGGGAAUUCCUUUGGAGAAAAAGCCCCCAGAUAAGAAUCUGGUUAGUGCAGUACCACUACCAGUUAUAUCAGGAAACACCAUGACAGGGCCCAUGGCUUUGACUCCUUCAGCGGAAGAACAGCCAGCAACAAAAGUCACUUUCCUUAUUGGAGACUCCAUGUCUCCAGAGUCGGACACAGAAAGCCGCAGGAGGAGGAUGGAGGAGGAAAUAAAGAAACACAAGAAACACCUUAAGGAGAAAAAUCCGCUUCACAUGCAGCUACUGCAUCAGCAACAUCAGCAUCAUCAAGAGCAACAUUGUCACCUACAGAAUGGAGCACAUUCAAAGACCAGCAAAACCAGUGCAUCAGAGGACCAAACCAAACAGACCAAGACAACUCCAGCUCUGCAGCGGACAUCCAGCAAGAUGCCCCAGUGGAACCUGAACUGUGAAGAUGAUUUUGAUGAGUAUCUCAGCUAUGAGAAUGCUGUGGAGAUCAGGAUUAUAGAUGGUGUGGCCAAACAACAGGAGGUCAGCACCACAGACAAUAUGCACAGCUUUCAGAGUGUAGUCAAGGCUCAGGGAUUAGGCAUGUGUUUAGGUUCAGGAAGCAUAGAUGUAGGGUCCAGCAGGAGAGGAGACAGCUUGUCAGAUUGUCCAAGGAGAUGCAGAUGUGGCUCAACAGAUUCCUCUGACACCUGCUGCUGCAGUCGCUGGCCUGCUGAGCAGGACAAGGACAUUGUAAUGACUGUCCCUGCUGCCCACAAUAAAGGCAACAACAGCAACAAGGACCAAAAGUGUAAGGUGGCGCCUGUCAAUGACUGGGAAAUACCACGCAAUGAGAGCUCGGACAGUGCGUUGGGAGACAGUGAGAGCGAGGAGACGGAGGACUGGCAGGAGGAAGUGCUGGUUCCUUUCCCUGGGUCGAAGUUGGUGGAGAACUACUCUAAGCCCAGCAUUGCUAACUUCGGCCGGUCCCUUUUUGGAGGCUAUUGCCCCACCUACGUACCAGACUUUGUACUGCAUGGGAUGCCCAGUGACGAGAAGCUACGGCAAAACCUCAUGACUGAAUUAACCCAUGCGGUUCAGCAUCCAGUACUGGAUGAGCCCAUUGCCGAGGCCGUCUGCAUUAUCGCAGACACGGACAAGUGGACAGUGCAGGUGGCCAGCAGUCAGAGACGAGCCACAGAUGUAAACAAGCUGGGGAAAGAAGUCCUGGUGUCCAACCUGGUCUCCAGCUUAUUGCAGUCCACUCAUCAGCUCUACAAACUCAACUUGUCACCCAACUUUUGUAUAAUGCACCUUGAAGACCGACUGCAGGAGAUCUACUUUAAGAGUAAGAUGCUCUCUGAGUAUCUUAAGGGGCAGACAAGAGUCCAUGUGAAAGAACUGAGCAUGGUCUUAGGAAUUGAGUCCAGUGACCUGCCCCUGUUAGCUGCAGUGGCCAGCACUCACUCCCCCUACGUUGCCCAGAUUUUACUAUGAAACUGCACUCGUGCCCGAACAGCAGGCUGCCGGUGAAGACCAGCUAGGACCGGGUGGUGCUUGCUUCAGGCCCCUAGAAAUGGCCGUCCACACUGCAAAGCUGACCCCUGACAAGGUUUGCUGUCUGGCCUAUUGGGGAUUUUAUUCCUCCAAGCCUGAGCAGUGCCCGUCUUCACGGACCACAGUCACAGUUGGAGGUGACGCAUACCAGCACCGCUGCUGGCUAAGGAGCGAUGUGGAUGCUGCACCACAGGGUGGCGGUAGAGACCACAGACAGAGUAAGACUCUGCCGAUGACUCAGCCAUCUCUGAAAUGACCUGAAUGUUUCUUUUAAAAAUAUUUUUUUUUUCUAAACAAAAGCCAAAGACUUUAAGAAAUUUUCCAGGAGAGAUCAACAUUUUUUGAUACCUACGGUGUGGUGACAUUAUUUUGUUUUGUUUUUUUUAACCCUUUUCCAGUACAAUCCUAAACUUGGUCGUAAAAAGUGACACUUUUUUCAAGCCUAAUGUUGAAGUAAAUAUCCCAGAGAAUGAUCAAUCCCAGUCAGUUUUGCCAUUGUUGUUUAUUAUCAUGUCUUUGUUUACAAGCCAAAUUUCCCUUGGAUAGCUCAACACUUCAGUUUUCGGCUGAAUGAGGUGCCCAUCUGAUUCAGAAGGCUGUUUUUUUUAUGUCAUUUGGCCUUUUGGGAGUAAUCAAUGUUCAACAAUGAUUUUUAGUUUCACCAACUGGUUUUUAAAUGGCUAAAGUGGCUUUGACAUGCUUAUCAUAGAUACAGCACUACCUCAUGGGCUGUGGAUGAUUCACAGUUGAUCCAUAGAAAACCCUGAGGUAAACUUUAUAAAACAUUUUGAUCAGAAGUUUGUCAGUUGUGCAGACUCUAUGCUGUGUUCUUUGAAAAAAGGGAAGACUGCUCAAUAACUUACAAAAAAAUGGAAGAAAUACAUAUUUUUUACAAAACAUUGUGAUCAAGAAGGGUCCCUUUAUAUAUUGAAAAGCUAAAACCUGCAUCAUCUGUGUAUUUUACAACCAAAAUGCUGAAGUAUUUUCACACUUUUAUAGUUCCACCACCUUUGUAUGAUGUUUACUGCUUCAACAUUUGCUGCAGAAAGAAGAGCAUGUAUUGUGGAUGUAUCUGUCCUCGUUAACACUAUCUUCAAGCUUUUUUUUUUUUUUUUUUUUUUUUUAGUUUUACACACAAAAAAGGGGGAGGUCUAACUUAGGCCAAGUUUCUCUUUUGUUUCUUGACACUGGCUGAUAUUUUAGCUAUACCAUGGAAGCAGAGCGCUAUUUGCUGAGCAUACAAUGGACGGUUAGCUGCUUUGACAGCUUCUGUUUGGGUGUAAAGCAGAACAUCCCCACAGGACAAAGAUGAAUAUAUUUUAAUCAGUCUCUCUUUUUUUUUUUUUUUUUUUUUUAGUUAUUCAAGAAUUUCAAAGUAAGAUGUCUGUCAAGCUGUCAAAAUCAGAGGAACCUCUGAAAUUUAGAUAAGCACAUAUAAAUUAAUUUGCCAGCUUAUGUACCUCAGUUUUAAGGGGGGCUGCAAACAUUAGAAUCUCAUGACAAAUCCCCAAAUCUGCUUGGAUUCUAAAAGGAAAUAAAGUAGUUUCUGUCACUAAAUAAACCAGGAAUAACUGGCACUGUUACCGUGGAAGUGGACAGCAUCAGUCAAAUAAUCCAAAUCGCAUCCUGAAUAUAAUCCAAGUCUUAACUGAGAAGUGGCUUCAGAUUUCUCCAUAGCUCAUUUUUGCUGUUUAAGUGUAUAAAUACAUGCUUGUAUGUAUUAUAGAUGCUCGGCUAUAUCAGCCUACAUUUUGUACCAGCUAGCCAUUAUGUUUAAAAUGUAUGGGUUUAUAUGUCUGCUUUUCACUCUUUGUCUAUGAAUAAGUUAUUUAGUUGCCCAUGUGUGUAAUGGUUCAUGUAAACUGUACAUACUCAAGCCUGUUUCCAUGUAUUUGUACAGAACGUCUUUUAUGAAUUGUCACCUCAAUUUAUUUUUUUCCCAAUUUUCUGGGAAUGUGCAAUAAAGAAUAAAGAUGCUGAGAA